CCCACGAAGCGCAUCCCCACAUUACAGACACCUCACUAAUCAAUUGCUUAACUUCCCCCAUUUCUCUCUUUUUCCUCUUCUUCUUCCUCACGAUUUUUGAUUCACUUCAAUCACUCGCUCCAAAACCCACUCCCCAUUCAUCUCUAGCCAGAGCAGCCACCACCACCAUUCCAUUCCCCACACGCCCUCUCAGCGCCUUCCCCAAAAGUUGCAGACAGAAAGAACCCAGUAGUAGCAGGUUGCCAUGGUGGAGAACAGAACAACAAAUCAACGCUACCCAUUUCCAAUUUCAGCAUAAAGUCGAUUCCUUUUUGCAGCUUUUCCUUCCCCUGAAUUCGUACCCGGUUCCGAUUCGAUGAUUGGGUUGUCUCGUGGUGUUGAUUUCUUGAUCAAAUGGUGACACUUAGUAACGCCUCUGCUUGCUCUUGGAUCCGUCACUUUCUCGAUUGUAUGGGUUUAGGAAAGUUGGCUUCAAGAGGGGAGACAAUCUUUGCGGGAGAAAGGCUGAAAUUGCUGAUUUCAAUCUGAUAGAGAUUAUUUUUCUUUCAUUUUUAUUGUUUUCCUUGCCAGUUGCCCCCUAAUUAAUGAAAGAUUAUAAAUUGUUUAAUGAUCAUGUCAUUUGCUUGGCCAUUGAAGUGUUUAUAGCCUUUAUAGGUGGAUUGGUUAAAGUAGUAGUGGUUGUAAAGCAAAUAUAAUAAUGGCGUCCAAGGACUGGAAAAUUUCCUCACCUGAUAGAGAUGGAAUUCCUAACACAACCAGUACAUAAGAAAACAGGUAGAGAAUUGUUGGCUCUAUAGUGUAAUAAUGCCUUCAAGUCAUGUCUAGGGGACAUCAACUUUCCAUUAGAGUGUAUGUAAGUCAAUGGGAUGGCUUGAUUUUUGGAUGGCAAGAUUGAAUGCUUUACCUGUUUUGUUUAUUUGAGGUCAAUCUGAUUUAGGUCUUUUGAUUGUGUCCUUAAAUCUGUUUUUCAUUUUGUCUAUGACAUGGAAGUUGAUCAAACACCAAUCUGUCCAUUUCCUUUUCCUUUCUUCUAAUUAUAUGGUAUUUGACUAUUUGCCACUCCACCAAAGCUUGUUUGGGAACAAAAGGAAGCCAGUUCAAUGAAUGUGAAAUUUUCUGUCUUCUAUACAUUUCAAUCCUCUACAAGUGGUCUAGUUGCUUCCCACACGGUUUCUGUUACUGGUUUCGGUUUCUAACCUGGUUUGGAACAGAACAGUGGUUGUUUUGGAUGCUGCGGGAAGCCCACACCGAUAAUCGCUGUGGACGAGCCAGCCAAAGGAUUGAGGAUACAAGGCCGGGCAGUGAAGAAGCCUAGUAUAUCUGAAGAUUUCUGGAGCAGCAGCACCUGUGAGCUAGAUAAUAGUGCUAUGCAAUCUCAAAAAUGUGUAUCCUCUAUCAGUGCUUCAAACCCCAACACCAGCAGUGGUGGCACCAUGAGUGGCAGUACAACAGACUUUGUGAAUCAUGGUCUGCUUCUGUGGCAGCAGGGCAGGCUUCAAUGGACUGGGAGUGGUGAGUCUACCAGCAAUCAAACUCGUCAAACAAGUGGACCACAGUUGAGUUGGAAUGCAACUUAUGAAAGCUUGCUUGGAAGCAGGAACCCUUUUCCCCGGCCUGUCCCGCUCUCUGUAAGUCCUUGACCUCCUGAGUAGUUUUUUUUCUUCUGCAUCUCUCCUUGUAACGAGAAUCAUUUUCCGCUUCUGUUUUUCGGUUUCAGGAAAUGGUAGAUUUUCUAGUCGAUGUAUGGGAGCAAGAAGGUUUGUAUGACUGAAUGAAGAACAAAACUGCUCAAGUUUAGAGAUGCUUCAGAAUUGUACAUGUAUUUCCCUCCCUUAAACAGUCCCCAUUUCUCUAGUAGACUUGUGUAAAUAGUUUCUGAUAAGAAACAGUUGAGAGGUAAAAAGGUAAAAAAGAAAGUUAUUGAGAAAAAGGAAAGGGCUUAGCAAGUUUGAUCUUGCUGGUUGAUAUUCGUUUCUCUGUGUUUGGUACUUGGUAAUCUACUCCCACCAAGAACUUCUCUUUCUCCCUUACAAAUCUUGUAAAUGUGGCCAUUGAAACAACUGCAUUACUCUUCUUUUAUAAUUCAUCAA